CUGCCAGUUAACAGCGAGCGUGUCCUGACUACACCCCGGGACAGAUGACAGUUUCACACCUCCCCCCCUCUCCCCAGAUCGCCGCCGCACUGCCUGCCACCUGCCUCCCUCCACAUUCCGUGUCGGUUCCGCGGCUGUGAGCGGCGCGGCUGCUGAGGAUGGACUCCAAGCGCGAGAAGGAUCAAGAUGCUGACUGCGAGAAGAUAACAGCUGUGCUGCUCAAGUCUCGGACAGGGGAGUUUGAUCUGGAGUCCAUCCUGUUUCUCAAAUUGAGAGGUCUUGGUAUACGUGACCUUGGAUGUAUUGGAGAAUGUAUAAAUAUAGAGAGACUGGACCUCUCUGGGAAUAAUAUCACAAAUUUAGCUCCUCUGUCAUCGCUGUGGCUUCUUUCUGUUCUCAAUCUGUCAGCCAACAGGAUCUCCAAUAUAGAGCCUCUGCGCAGCUGUGACAAUUUACAGAACCUAAAUGUGGCUGGCAAUAUCAUAUCCUGCAUUGAAAACCUCCGCUGCCUUGCUUCAUUGAGAAAGCUAGAAAACAUCCGGUUUAAAGACAACACGUACAAUUACUCCAACCCAGUUUGCAGGAACGCUUCGUACAGAACCGUACUUCUCGAAAUGUUUCCCAACAUCAAGGUGCUGGAUGGUGAGAGAGUUGUCGGACGUGGGAGUGAGUUGUACCAGUUGUGCAAAGACAUAGACGACACGAUCAAAGCUGGUGUGUACAAGAAUGGACAACUUGUUGAGCAUCCAGACUGCAAACCAUGGGUGGAGGACAACUACUGGGAGAUUAAAAGGUCAAACAAUGCCAUUGUUGAAGAAGCCUACAAACAAUUUAAUGAUGUUCUUCAUGAAUGCCGCCUCCUCAACAACAGAGCCACCCAUGUGAUUUCGCAGACGGAGAGAUCCAUGAGCCUGAAGAAGCAGCCAAAGCAAUACGCCAUCUGAUCGCGGCUAUUUUCCACCUUUAUGUGCAAUAUUUAGCAACUUUUCUGUUGUGUUAUAUACCAUGACUAAUGUACUGUAGGCUUUCUAAAGGACCACAUUGUAUCCAAAUGCUUGGUAACUGUCAUUGCCAGACGUGUGCUGUGUGUUGCAGGGUGUGGUGUUUGUUGAAACUGUACACAUUCUAUGCAUUCAGUCCUGGCGCAAACAUGUAGGUGGUUUAAAGAAACCUUUACCCAUACUGACAGCCCUCAGUUUGGUCCAACGAUGUCUUUACUUGCACAGUGUGCAUUUUGUACCAUGUAGCUUGCAUUUAUGCUCAGAGCUAUGCUGCUUAAGAGUUUCUAUACGUUUUCAGUGAUUUAAGAGCUUUUUUUCCAUUUUGCAUUGCUGGAUAGUUCGGAGAGUUCAUGUGGAACAUGCUGUGUGCUUUCUUGGUAUGUUGAAUUUUUUGCAAAAAGUGAUUUGAAUGAUUAAAUCAGCCGUUUCUACUUGUUUUAUACCAUAGAGUUUAUUAUGUGCAAAUUCAACUUGUGGGAAAUAUAACGC